CCCUCAGUGUUUGCAAAGAGCUGAAAUAUCAUGUCGACCGCAAAAGAAAACCCCUGUAGGAAAUUCCAGGCGAACUUCUUCAACAAAAGUAAAUGUCAGAACUGCUUCAAACCACGAGAGCUGCAUCUGUUGACGGACCAGGACCUGACCCAGGCUAAACCUAUUUAUGGUGGAUGGCUGUGCUUGGCCCCUGAGGGAACUGACUUUGACAAUCCUAUGCAGAGAUCCCGGAAAUGGCAGCGGAGAUUCUUUGUACUGUACGAACAUGGCUGCCUGCGCUUUGCCCUGGAUGAAUCGCCAAGCACGCUUCCUCAGGGCACGGUGAACAUGAACCUGUGUACGGACGUCAUAGACGCAGAGCCCAAGACUGGCCAAAAGAACUCCCUGUGCAUCAUCACUCCGGACCAGGAGUACUUCAUCAGAGGAGAGAAUAAAGAGAUCAUCAAUGGGUGGAGUGAACAACUGGUGAUAUACCCCAGAACCAACAAACAGAACCAGAAGAAGAAACGUAAGGUGGAGCCCACAACCUCCCAGGAGCCAGGACCCGCCAAAGUAGCAGUGACGGGCUCUGGUAUCCCUGAGGCUGAUAAGGUUCCCGACUCGAGCUCCAUCAUCUGGCAGGAGGAGCUGAACCAGAGAGAGGCCGAGGGUGCUGCUGUGUGGGCCGCUGCUGAUCUGCCUCCAGGAUCACCGCUGCUGCUUCCAGGUGACUGUGCCUCUGUAGCGCAUGGCUCUGACGCAGGAUCAGUUAAUGGUGAUGAGGUGGACCGGGGCAGCCUGGCACUGCAUGGCUCUGUGCCUCAGCCCCCUAGUGACCUGCUGUCCCCGACAGGUUCGUGCUCCAGUCUUGGUGGCAUCCCGCGCUGCCUCUCCCCGGCCCCCAGCGACCCCUUCCCCUCCGGCAGCUCCCUGCUCUCUAACGGCUCCCACAUCAGCGGCUCGGUCAGCUCUCUAGACUCGGAUGCCAGCGGCAGCACGGUCACCAGCACGGACAGCCACCCGGCCAACCAGAGGGGCGGUCACUCCUACAGCCACCAUGACACGCCGCGAUCCCGACGGCUGGAGGCCGAGGCCAGGAAGGCGGAGAAGAGAAGCCGAUUCAGAAGCCCAGACCGGCAGGAGAGGGAGGCAGUCCUCAGCCCCGAGAGGAGUCGCUCCGGUGUUAUUGAGAAGUUGGAGGCCUUGGAGCUGGAAAACCCUGAAAAAAUGGAGGUGGAGGAGUCAGGGAGGAGUGGAGCCAGACAGGGCCGAAGUGAGCACAGACGCUUCCACAGAGAGGAGCAGAGGCGUGACGUCGGUCAGGGUCUGGACUUCCCCUCCGCCCUGCCUCCUUUAAGGCGAGCCAAGUCCCUGGACAGAAGGACCACUGAGUCAGUCAUGACGCCGGAUUUACUAAACUUCAAGAAAGGUUGGAUGGUGAAGCUGGAUGAGCAAGGCCAGUGGAAGAAGUACUGGUUUGUUCUGACAGAUCACAGUCUGAGAUACUAUAAGGACUCAAUUGCAGAGGAGGCCUCUGACCUCGAUGGUGAGAUCGACUUGUCAACUUGCUGCAAUGUAACUGAGUACCAGGCUCAACGCAACUAUGGCUUCCAAAUACAUACCCGGGAGGGAGUGCAUACUCUGUCGGCCAUGACAGCGGGGAUACGCAGGAACUGGAUCCAGGCUGUCAUGAAGAAUGUUAGACCGUCUACUGCCCCUGAUGUGGCGAGCUUAACUGAAGAUCAUGGCUCCUUCUCUCCUUUGGAGGGUCUGGUCAGGCCAGAUGUCACCCAGGACUCCCCCUCCUCUGAGGCCUCAUCUGUGGAAAGAGAGUCAGCUGGGGGUGUCACAAAGAGCCGGGCGCGUGAACGCAGAAGAGAAGGCCGCUCUAAGACCUUCGACUGGGCAGAGUUCAGACCCAUCGCUCAGGCUUUGGCUCAGCAGCGGGCACAGGAAGCUGAGAGCCUCCAUGCAGACCUGGGAGAGCUGGAGCGCAGUCGGAGAAGAGAGGAGAGGCGGAAGAGGUAUGAGUCUGUGACCAGCUCAUCGGAGAAUACAUCCACCACAGAAGGAGGGAGGACGGACUGUGAGAGUGCAGAGGGAGUCAGACAGAUAGAUUCAUUAAGUCCUACAUCUUUGGAAAGGCAGCAGAGAGUGGAGGAGGUGAUUGAACAACACUGGCACCAGGUGGAGAAUACGCCCAUCCGCGAUGAAAGGAGAGUGCCUCUGCCCACUGCAGUGCAACCCAGAGAGACUGCAGAGCUGGAGCAGCUACUGGAAAAUUACAAGCAAGGGAUAGAGGACCUGAAGGCCCAGUUGGAGAGCUGUCACCAGCAGCUCCUUGAUUCAAACAAGCACAAGCAGGAGCUGGAGCUCCAGCUAAGAACGGCUCUGGAGAGAGAGCAGGACAUCCGUUCAGGUUACAUCUCUCCGCUGGAGCACCCUUUGGGUCUGGAGGCUGAUGUGACGCCCCAGACGAAGAGGCCCGAACUGGCCACCUGUGAGCGGGGCUUCGCUGCAAUGGAGGAGUCCCAUCAGAAGGUGAUUGAUGAGCUGCAGAGGAAACACCAGAGAGAGCUGGAGAACCUGCAUGAGGAGAAAGAGCGACUGCUGGCAGAGGAGACAGCAGCUACCAUUGCGGCAAUUGAGGCAAUGAAAAAUGCACACCGGACAGAGCUGGAGAAAGAGCUGGACAGAGCUCGCAAGACCAACAGCAACACAGAAAAUGCAGACAUAGAAGAGAUCCGCAGACAGCAUGAGGAGGAGCUGUGUUCGUUCCAGCGGGAGAUUGAGGUGUUGUCGGAGCAGUAUUCCCAGAAGUGCCUGGAAAACGCCCACCUGGCCCAGGCGCUGGAGGCCGAGAGGCAGGCCCUCAGGCAGUGUCAGAGAGAGAACCAGGAGCUCAACGCACACAACCAGGAGCUCAACAACCGUCUGGCAGCAGAGAUCACCAAGAUGCGCUCCAUGACAUCUGAGGACGGAGUUGGAGACACAAACACCACAAUACAGGGAAAAGAGCUCUAUGAGUUAGAAGUGAUGCUGAGGGUGAAGGAGUCAGAGGUCCAGUACCUGAAGCAGGAAAUCAACUCCCUGAAAGACGAACUCCAAGCUGCCCAAAGAGACAAGAAAUAUGCAACAGAUAAGUACAAGGACAUCUACACGGAGCUGAGCAUUGUCAAGGCCAAAGCAGAGCGGGACCUGGGCCGGCUCAGAGACCAGCUGCAGCUGGCUCAUGAGGCGCUUGGCGAGCCUUCACUGGAGGAGGUAGAACGAGGAGGAUACGAUAUCAUGAAGUCCAAAAGCAACCCUGACAUCCUCAAGAUGGCGGCUGCUGCAGCCAAACGCUCAGAGCGCACCAUGAGGUCAAAGUCUGUGAGUCGAGACAAGCCCUGGGACAGUUGGGGCUGCUGAGGAAGUGCACGCCUCCUUCCCCUUCUUCUUUUAGAGUCUAAAGGAAGGGCUGACCGCUGAGCAGAGACUCCACCUGUUUGAAAACAAAGACACUAAGGAGUUCUGACAGUGACGCGUCACGGCUUCCGACCUUGCUGCAUGUUUAGAAGUCCACUAUAUUUUAGCUCUGUAUGACUUAUUUAGUAACACUACACACUGGUCACAAAACGCAGAUCAUUUAUUAUUAAAACAUGGUAUGAAGUUUGAUUUCAUGUCUAGAUUUUGCAUUCCAUGCACUUCAGUUACUGUGACAUUUUUGUAUUGUUUGUGUCUUAUUGUAAAUACUGUUUUUAAUUGAGCGUCUGUCAUGCAUACAUUAAAACUAUGACUGUGUAAGCUACUGUUUUAACUCCCCAGACUGUUGCUAGCCAAAGGCAAAAACGUGAUGUUUAAUGGCUAAACACGACUACAUGUUGAUGAGUGUGUAAUAAUUGCAUAACAAAACCAUAGGAAUGAGUGUGGCGCUCCGGCUCCGUCAUCAUUCCAGCACAGAUGGAGGCGCUGCUCUGUAAACCAGCUAUGGAACAAAAGUGCUCGUCUGCAUUAGAAAACAGGUCCCUACCAUGUCGCUUCAUCGCCUCACUUCUACAUUAACAUCACAGAUGUUGAAGAAAGCUGAAUGCAUAUGGAUAGGCUUUACUGAUCAUAAUUUAAAUAUAUAUAUAUGAAAAUUUAUAUAGAGUUUUUUUUUUUUUUCCUCACUGCAAUCAUCAGUCCAGCUGUAUAGGAACUGUUGGAGUUGGUUAUGUUUGUAGUUGUGUUCAGUGGCAGUCCCUUUGUAUUUAUUUAAAUGAUUGGGAUUUUUCUUUCACAUUCCCAUUCCUCUGUACUCUAUUAUUGUAAAUAUAAAGCAAAUAUACACCAACUGACUACAGGUUUAUUAGCAAUAAAUAUUUUUGCACCCUCU